GUGCCGCGCGCGCAGCAGCCUCAGGGCCGGCGGCGGGAGCGGCGGCCCCGGUGCGAGGCCUCGGUCCGCCCGUCCGCAGCCCCGCUGUCCCCGCUCCGCGCUCCCCCGGCCGAGCCUCCCCACGUCCCUCCCGCUCGCUGCCUCCCCUCUUGGCCGAGAGCCGAGCCCGGCGCGCGGUACACGCGACGCCGCUGCGCCCCAGGUGAGGGAGCGGGGGAAGGAGAGAGCGAGCGGGGAGCACUCGCUCCCCCUCCCUCCUCAGCGCCUCCCCGCCGCCGAACCCCGUCGCUCCCUGCUUCACUUCUCGCGGCGGAGCCAAACAGCCCCUUCCCAAGAUGGGCUGCACGCUGAGCGCCGAGGACAAGGCGGCGGUGGAGAGGAGCAAGAUGAUCGACAGGAACCUGCGGGAGGACGGCGAGAAGGCGGCCAGGGAAGUGAAGCUGCUCCUCUUAGGAGCUGGUGAAUCGGGGAAAAGCACAAUUGUCAAGCAGAUGAAGAUUAUCCAUGAAGCUGGUUAUUCAGAAGAAGAAUGUAAACAGUACAAAGCUGUUGUCUACAGUAACACCAUUCAGUCCAUUAUUGCUAUCAUUAGAGCAAUGGGGAGGUUGAAGAUAGACUUUGGUGAUCCAGUCAGGGCUGAUGAUGCUCGUCAGCUCUUUGUGUUGGCUGGAGCAGCAGAAGAAGGAUUUAUGACUUCAGAGCUUGCAGGAGUUAUCAAGAGACUGUGGAAGGACACCGGGGUUCAAGCCUGUUUCAACAGAUCUCGAGAAUACCAGCUCAAUGACUCCGCUGCCUAUUACUUGAAUGACUUGGACAGGAUAGCACAAACCAGCUACAUUCCAACUCAACAGGAUGUUCUCAGGACUAGAGUGAAAACUACAGGAAUAGUGGAAACUCACUUUACUUUCAAGGAUCUUCAUUUUAAAAUGUUUGAUGUUGGAGGCCAAAGAUCAGAGCGGAAGAAGUGGAUUCAUUGUUUUGAGGGUGUUACAGCAAUUAUUUUUUGUGUGGCACUGAGUGAUUAUGACUUGGUCUUGGCUGAAGACGAGGAAAUGAAUCGGAUGCAUGAGAGCAUGAAAUUGUUUGACAGUAUUUGCAACAAUAAAUGGUUCACAGACACUUCUAUUAUUCUGUUCCUGAACAAGAAAGAUCUUUUUGAAGAAAAAAUCAAAAGAAGUCCUCUCACUAUUUGCUAUCCUGAAUAUGCAGGGUCAAACACUUAUGAAGAAGCAGCUGCUUACAUUCAGUGUCAGUUUGAAGAUCUGAACAAGAGGAAAGACACAAAAGAAAUCUACACUCACUUCACGUGUGCCACAGACACAAAAAAUGUGCAGUUUGUUUUUGAUGCUGUAACUGAUGUCAUUAUUAAAAAUAACCUUAAGGACUGUGGCCUCUUCUGAGAACAGACAAAAGGUUGUUAAAUGGUAAAUUACAUGCCUGAAAACAGGACUUAAACAUUUGGAAUAUGCCCACGCUGUGUAAAACCUGCAUAGAUAUACUUAAUUCUCUUUUAUUUUAUUUUUAGGUUUGGAGAUAGACUUCGCACAAUUCUAAUCUGAUUCUUUUCAAGGUGAAAGAAGUACAAAAUGCAUUGUGCUCAAUGAUAGAUCAGUACUGUACUUGCCUGUUUUAACAGCUUUAUUUAUGUUUGUCUUGUAAAUUUAAGUAAUUAGUUAACACUGAGAUGUCAGUUGAUUGUAUGUAAACUUACAGUUGUAGUAAUGUAUUUGUAUAAACGUUGAACGGAAUAUUUUAGUAACUUGUUGUCCUCUAAAACAUUCCUCUAAAAUUUCCAUGUUUUAUGAAGAUACUCUUAGAGGAGACAGACACUUUUUGCCUUUGGAUUAUUUAAACAUCUUGUAAAAUUAAAUUUUCUUUUCAUCUUAAGGGUGCAUGCUGCCUUAUUCUUUACUUUUGUUGGUAAUACUGUAUAUGGCGUUAGCUUUUUUGAUAUUUAAACAGCCUCAUAUACCUUCUCAGACUUAAAGAAACAUAACCAAUAAACUUAUUUUUUGCCUUAAGUUUUGAAAAAAAAUCUUUUUAUAAAUUUAGGAUAAAUGCAAAGAUUAUUUUAAAAUUUAAAUGAAAUCCACAGUUAAUGAAAUCCAGGCUUGCAGUCUUUGCAGUGGUAAUGUGGCAACACUGGGAAGUUGUUGUUUGAGGGUCAACUACAACUGAAGCUGAGGGAAAUGCAAAAAGGAAGUUGUUAAAACUAUUCAUAUCAAAAAAAAACUGAUACUGUGGUCUUUACUCAGUGGAUUAAAUGGAAAAGUUACCUUUGGGGUGUUUUAAAUAAACAGCAAAGACUGGAGUUCAGACUAAUGUUUUUUCUGCUUACUUUAAACAUAAAUUCAUGUUCUCCUUAAAUUUUUUGCUAUUUUCUGGUAAUAAAACUAGUUGGAUAACCUAAUAACCAUAGAAAGAUUGUGUUCUCCCACAAGACAAGGGGGCUUCACAGAUUUAAGCAAAUUCCUGUUGCAUAUAGCAAGAAUCUUCAAUGUUUUGGGUAGGGUGUUUUAGUGAGUUAGAAGUGCUGAUUUUUUUAUUUCCUCUUUAAUUAUAGCCUCAGAGUUUCUUAUAAGUUAAAGAUGACUUUCUUCUGGUUAUGCUUUCAUUAUGUGAUUUGCUGUCUUAGGUACCUGUCAUCCAUUGCCUUAGGGAUAGUGCCAAAACUGAUUUUUUUAAUACAGUUUUUAAAAGGAAUAAGCUUCUAAAUGUAAAUAAGUUGAUGGUUGUCUUAAAUGUAUGUUGUCAUCUAGAAAACAAGAACAUACCAAACCUGGAGAUAAAAUUUUCUAUAAUCGUUAAAAUGUUUCAGGCAGCUACAGUACACUGUAAGUUCUUUGAGAAGUAAAUAAGUCUUGGAGCCUGUGGCUAUUUUUCUAUAUUAUCUUAGCAUUUAUGUUCUUAGAAUGUUCAAAAUAUUGAAGUCACUGUUCUGUUGUUUAAAUUUUGAUUGUGUAUGUGUUUAAGUUAGGCCUCUGCUUGAGUAAAACUUAUCUGCCCUUCUCAUUCUUUAAUGCUUUCUUUGUUAGGUACAGAAUUGCUAAGUGCAUUUUAAAUGAAAGAUUAGAAAGGAGAUAAGUUAUUGCUGGAGGUUGUUAAAUAUGUUGAUACAUUAUGAGCUCUUUCAGCAGUUAUGGUCAGCAAUCUGUAUAUCCUGGGCUGCUUUUAAGUGUGCUUUACGGUUUUGGAUAUGAUUUUAAAUCUCACUGAACUACUUUGUGGAAUUGUAUUUACACCUACGUUCCAGCUGGUUUUUGUACUUAAUGUAAAACAAAAAUUGGGAUUAAUCAAACUAAAUAAAUCUAAAUUUUGUGCCUUGCUUGAAAGAAAUGUUUUUCAUUAAAUGUGCUGAUGUAAAUCUUUUUGCAUCCAUUCUGUGGAGGUAACGAGGUAGUAAAAAUGAGAGCAUAGGAAGUCAAGAGUAAAUGUAAAAACUUUGUGCUAGAAA